AUGCAUAAGGUUCAGCUGAAUGGGAAACUCAGAGAUUUAAGGAUGGGAGUUGUAGAUGCACAGCUUGUGCAUGAUGCACUUUGGUCACUUCCAUCAACCUUCAGCCAACUGAGAUCUACCUAUAAUGCUCUAGAGGUCAAGUGGACUAUUAAUAAGCUAAUUUCAGUAUGUGUGGAUGAGGAGAAUACAAUCCGUGGAGAGGCUCAACCUGCAACUGCAGUAAAUCUUAUGGAGAAGCCUAAGUGGAAAAAGAAGAAUAAGAACAAGGCUAAGCAGACCACCAAUUUUAAGCCGAGCUUGCAUCAUCUUCAUGUUUGGGGAUGCAAAGCUGAAGCUAAAAUUCCUGAUCAAUUAAGAGAAAAAUUGGACCCUAAAACAGUUAGCUGCUACAGGUUUUAUGCACCUCAUAAUUCAACUAGAAUUAUAGAAACCAGUAAUGCCAAAUUUCGGGAUGAAGCUUACAGUACUUCAAAUUUUAGAGAUUUGUCUUCAGAAUUUGUUGAACUAGUUGAACCUGAGGCUACAGUUAAUAGAAUGCCUUUAAAUGCAGACACUACCAUGACUGAUGCUUUUGUUCAAAAUCAAAAUAACAAUAAUAAUGCAGCUGCUGAGUUUCCUGAACCUCAAAAUAAUGUUGCUGAAGAAAUUCAGCAACCUGUAGCGCAACCUAUGCAGCCUGAACCUCAAAAUUUAGGUCCUCAGAAUUCCCAGCCUCAAAAUUUAGGGCAGCCUCAAAACAUAGAGCAACCUCCAUUAAGAAGAUCAUAA